GCCCGAGUUGGUACCCUCCGGCCCAGUGCUGCCAUUAGUGUCUCCACUGCCACCACGUUGGGGCAACUGACUUAAUGGUAUCGUUAAAUAUACUUAUAAGAAACUGUAUUAUUAAUACCAUAUACAAACGCCUCGAUAAAGGCGAGGAAAGUAAAUUUAAGGAGAUCGUAAAUUAACAGAAAUUAAAUUAUAAAUAAAACCUUAACUCACCUCUUCAAGGUUCCGUUUUCUUUCGUGCCGGGUAAAUAAAGCAGUUGUUGCUGCCGAGUUAGUUAGUUCUCAAGUCUCUAGUUGUUAGUUCUGUGACUGAAAGGGAGUAAGAGUGACCAUGACCAAACUAGAGGUGGUUGUAACCGCGACUGAUGACCAGAAACACGAGGAUGACGUCGAGUCUGUGCGUGUCCAUGGUGAGCAGGUGUUCACGUGUGGCGGCGACAACAAAGUCAAGUUCAUCAAACUUAACCAGCUGAUGCCCAGACCUGAGAAGGAAAUUGAGUCAUUGCUGGUGACCGCCAGCCGCGUCCUAACUUGCUCACAAGAUGGCAAAGUCAAGGUGUGGGACCACCACGACCUAAAACUGCUGCAUGAGUUUAAGGCGCACGACUACUCCAUCAACGACCUACUGGUACUGGGCAGCACCCUCUUCACGUGUUCCGUCGACGCCACGGUCAAGAGUUGGGACCUCAACACUUUCGAACUCAAGAAUACACUCACCAACCACGAGGAGUCCGUCAGAAAGCUCGCCACCAACGGUACACACGUCUUCGCAGGCGAUGAUAAGGGCGAGGUGUACGUGUUCGAUGAGUCAGGGGCGGUGCAGGCGUCGUACGGUGUGGUAGAGGAGGUGUGGAGUCUACACGCUCAGGACGACCUUAUAUACUCCGUAAGGGACCGCGGCGUCACUAUUACCCAGACCAAAGGACAAAAGAACAAGUUCACGGUGAUAAAGUCCCUGGAGGGCCGCGCCCCCAUCUGUGUGGCGGGCAACAACCUCACCUUCCCUGACACCUCCGGCCUCACCAUCCGUGUCCAUGACAACACCGCAGGCUCGUACAAACUCAAAGGGGAACUCAAGGGCCACGAGAUGAUCAUCACAGCCCUGGGAGGAGUUGGAGAGGAUCGGCUUCUAUCGGCUGGGUGGGACAAUGAAGCUCGGUUGUGGGACCUGACCAGCCUGAAGCUCCUCGCGUCGUGUGGGCUGCCCGGCUAUACUAACGGCAUCGCGGCCUCACAAGACGGGUAUAUCUUCGCCGCCGGUGCUGGGGGAUUUGUCUGUAAGAUGAAGAUUUCGUAAGAUAGAAGACAAAAUGAUAUCAGGGUCGAGUGGUGAAGACGAAUACGCUGAAGCUAUGUCGUUCCGUCCCUGAGUUAUUCCUCCAGGUGAUCGCUGACGCUGGUGAAGCCUUCUGUUGCUACCAUUAACAACAGAGGCUUUCAACGGAAGAUAUCAUGAACAGGAUAUAUCGACAACUGAAGAUAUCUGCCAAAAAUGUUCAUCCAAUAAAAAUCAUCAACUGAAUAUAAUCAUGAAUGGUUCAGUGAUAAUGAAGGCGAAUAAGUCUUAGUGACUGUUGUAACCUAAGAAAGAAUAGCAAACAUUAAAAAACCUCAAUAGUUAGGUCAACUUGCAAAUAAAGCUCUUGUGCUAUUUUUAUUCUUCUUACGGGAGGUUUUGUCUUUUUAGCUCGAGUUGCAAAAAAUACAUAAUCACAUCUUUUCUCGUAAAUGAAAGAUACUUACUUGUAUUUGUUUAUCUAUGUGUGUGAAGAAUAAACAUUGAUGUAUAUAUA